AUGUCAUUGGAAAGGGCGUCAGAUGCUUCUACGCCGGCGAAAUUGGACCAACCGUCCUUCUACCAGCAUUGGGAGCGCAGAGCUCGAUCUACCACUCAAAGUGACAGUCUCAAUGACUCACAUCUCUCCUCUGAGAGCUCACAUCCAUCACCAAAAUCGACAGUCGGCCCACCACGAGUUAGAAGGCUUCGUCGGACGUUUGCUGGUCGAUCAACAUCAGCGCCAGCUGGAACUAUCCCGGAGCUUGCGGUUCCCACAAUAGCCAGUCUCAGAUCCCAACGGCGGUCCGUGACAGCCACUCCUUCGAAUGAGAGCUCUAAAAGCAAACUGCGUUACCAGACCUGUUCUGGAGACAUAUCUCAUCAACGACAAGGAUCAGCAGUCAGAGCAGGAGCUGAUUCCAAAAAGUCUUCUGUGAGCAGCGUCACCCGCCGGCUUCGGAGUCAAUUUCGAGCCUCACUUUCAGAUUUUCGCAUACCUGAAUGUCGCAUCGAUAACAGCGCCAAAGAGUUGCUCCCGCCAAGAAAAGAACGUCCGGGUUACGAAUGGACCAAAGCCGGUCCGAAGGAUGACUGGGUAGAACGUCUCAAUCCCUCGAAGAGUCUUAUGCAACGACGUGCCAGAUCAACAGAGCCAUAUCUAGUAACCAUAGUGCCACUGAGACCUCCAGUAUCUCGCAACGUCAGUGCAAGCGUUUAUGAGCGCACUGUGAAGCUGGAAACGUCAUUUGCGAAAUUACGGCCCGAUCCCCCUGUGGAGAAGCACCCGCUUCCUCAGAGCGCCCCCAGGCCUUCAAUAGCCGCACGAACCAAGUCAAUCAUCGCCAAUCGGGUACGGUUUGCCCUUAACCGCAAAUCCUCGAUUCAACGUUCGUCUGGUCAACGACAGUCACCAUCGACCCCAUUGAAGAGCUCCCUCCUCUCCGCCCGCAAUCGCACAGCCGAAGGCCUGCAAAGAUUACCGUUCUCACCAAUCGCGCGAGCCAAUCCUCCCAACACAGCUCCCGACCCUGCCGUAAUUCGCAACCGACGGCGUAGAUCAGUAACAGUCUCCUACACCUCAUCCUUGAGAAAGAUGCGACGCGGCGCGACUCCACUCAACACCCCAGAUACCCAGGAAACGUAUAGAGUCAAGAGAAGCCCCAGCGCAGAGACAGAGGAGUUCUUCAAAAUCGACAUCUCCAUCAGAGGCGGGACGAGCUACCUACCCAGCGAGGCGAGAAGAGUGCACACUCCACCUCUACCGGGCGACGGACCAGGCCAGAAGCGAACGGGCUUCUUCUUCGACUACGUCGCGCCCUCUGACCCCGCCUUUCCAACAGCAGAGAAUCCCACUGGCGAGGGUGCAGCUGAACCGUCAUCGCCGAGAAACCGGCCAGCAAGGGGAAGAACCAUGGGUGGCAGCGAUUGGUUUGAGACCCAGUUGGCUGGGGUGGAUGCGGUUGAUGACACAGCAAACAGUGGCUCGAGGACAAUGGCUGAAGCCCACAAAGGCGCAUGA